AUGGAUAUACUUAGUUGGAAUUGCAGGGGGAUCUGCAAUGACACAACAACGAGGGCGUUGAAGGAUUUAAUCGUUCAGAAUCGUCCUCAGAUCGUCUUUCUCUGUGAGACAAAAAUCAGUAGCGUUUCUGGCUUCCGUGAUCUACAUCAUGCGCUAGGAUUUCCACACUCAAAGGAGGUGUUGAGUGUUGGGCAAUCAGGAGGGUUAGGGAUGUUCUGGAAUGAUGAAGUUAAUGUGCAGGUUCGUACUUUUUCUGCCCACCAUAUUGAUCUGGAGAUUGGUGGUGGUCCGGGAGAUCUGAGAUGGAGGCUAACUGGGUUUUAUGGGUAUCCUACAACGGCGGAGAGAGAUAAGUCUUGGCAAUUGCUCAGAGACCUUCGUGAUCUGGAUUCCUUGCCUUGGGUUGUUAUUGGGGAUUUCAAUGAAAUUCUUAAUAAUAGCGAGAAGUUGGAUGGACCUCCAAGAGCAGAGCGACAAAUGCGUGGGUUUCGUGAAGCCCUAGGAUAUGGGGACCUUCUUGAUCUAGGGUUUCAAGGAGUGAUGUCUACGUGGUGGAAUUCUGAGACAAGACUCAGACUGGAUCGUGCGGUCUGCACCCCUUGUUGGUACGAUAUCUUUGGUUGUGCUCGAGUCCGACAUUUACUGCCGAGUGAUUCAGAUCACGUCCCAAUAUUGCUGCAGGCUAGUGCAGUUCAGUUGCCCCAGCAGUCACGUCGGCAUCGCUUCAAAUUCGAAGCGUUUUGGCUUCAGCAUGGUGAGUGUGAUGGGGUAGUGAAGAGUGCAUGGGCUACUGACGUUGUUGGUAGCCCUAUGUAUUCUGUUGUUAAGAAAAUUGAGCACACUCGCCUACGACUCAAUGUCUGGCAGAGGCAGACUUUUAAGGCUCGUCAGCAUGAGAUGCUAGGCAUAAGGGCACGUCUAGAGGAGUUGUUAGGGGUACCGUUUACGAUGGGUGCUCAAAAUGAGAAGAAAGAUUUGAUGGGUCGCCUACAGUCACUUCUGUCACAGGAAGAGUUGUUUUGGCGACAAAGAUCAAAGGUUUCUUGGUUAAAGGAGGGGGAUAGGAAUACUAGCUAUUUCCACCGAAAAGCUGCAAAUCGAAGGAGGAAGAAUUCGAUUCCGGGUUUGUAUGAUGAACAAGGUCAAUGGUGUGAUGACGAUGAUGGAAUGGAAAAGGUUGUCACUGACUACUUCACAAAAAUGUUUACUGCAUCAAACAUUGAUCUGGACGCUGUAGCGACUACUCUUGCAGCUAUACAGCCUUGUGUCACGCAUGGUAUGAAUGAGAAGCUUUGUGCGUCGUAUUCUCAAGAGGAAGUGAAUGAUGCAUUAUUCCAGAUGUAUCCUACUAAAUCUCCGGGACCGGAUGGCAUGCCUCCCAUUUUUUUCCAACACUAUUGGGAAACUAUUGGAGCAGAUGUUACAGAGGUAAUUGCUAACAGGUUGAAGCAGGUUCUACCCUCUCUGAUUUCCCCUUAUCAGAGUGCUUUUGUUCCUGGGAGGUUGAUCACUGAUAACAUUCUGGUAGCUAAUGAGAUUGCCCACUUUGUUCAUAAUAAGAGAGAGGGAGGGGAAGGUUUUAUGGCAUUGAAGCUCGAUCUCAGUAAAGCAUAUGAUCGAAUCGAAUGGACUUUUCUAAGAAAGGUUCUGGACCGGUUUGGUUUUAAUCAUGGUUUUUCUGCUUUGCUAAGACAGAAACAGGAGAUGGGUUUUCUCCCAGGUAUUGAGAUUCAGGAUGUUAUUGAAACUUAUGGGAGAGCUUCUGGACAACUUGUUAAUUUCGAUAAGAGUUCAGUGGUUUUCAGUAGGAAUGUGUCAAACUUUAUGCAAGAUGAAGUGUCGAGUCUACUAGGUGUUGAGGUGGUUGAAUCUCAUGAACGUUAUCUAGGGCUGCCUACUUAUGUGGGGAGGAAGAAAACAGCUACCUUUCAAUUUAUUAAGGACAAUCUAGCUAAGAAGCUUUCUUGUUGGCAAGGGAAGAUGUUGAGCGGAGCAGGAAAAGAUAUAUUGAUCAGAGUAGUGGCGCAAGCUUUACCUACCUAUGCAAUGAGUGUGUUUCAGUUAACAAAGAACUUUUGUCUGGAUCUUGAGCAGAUGUGUGCCCGAUUUUGGUGGGGAAGCACUAAUGACAAGAGGAAAAUACAUUGGAAAACAUGGAAUGCCUUGUGUAAUCCGAAGGAAGAGGGGGGUCUUGGCUUUCGUAGCCUUUCAAACUUCAAUUCAGCAAUGCUUGCUAAGCAGGCGUGGAGGGUGAUUUCUAACCCCAACUCUCUUAUUGCUCGUCUUUAUAAAGCAAAGUACUACCCUACAGAGUCCUUUUGGACAGCAGAAUUACAUACCUCUCCUUCUUAUUCAUGGAGAAGUAUUUUCUCUACCAGGGAACUUUUACAAGAAAGUGUUUAUUGGCAGAUUGGUAAUGGGACGCAGGUAAACAUUUGGUCGGACUCGUGGGUGCCUAGCUUACCAAGUGGGAAACCCAAUGUGAAUGCAACGGCCUUGGAGGAGGUGGCCGGGGUACAGGAUCUGAUCUCCAAUACUGGAAGUUGGAAUGUUGAGCUAAUUAAUAGGCUUUUUUCUGUGGAGGAAGCAGAAGCGAUAUUGAGCAUACCACUAAGCUCAAGGAAUGUAGAAGAUAGAUUGGUAUGGAAGUUGGAGAGGGACGGUAAGUAUUCGGUAAAAACUGCUUAUCAAUUCUCUUUUUCUCAUUCUAAUUCUAGAAGUCCAUUUGAACUCUUUGUUGGUGUCGAUUUUUGGAAGAAAUUAUGGAAGGUUGUGAUGCCUAGUUCAGCGAAGAUUCAUAUUUGGAGGGUUUGUCAUAAUAUUCUCCUUUCAAAGGAUAGGUUACUGUCUAGAAGAGUGCCUUUGGAAACACAGGUUUGUGUUCUUUGUGAAAGUGCAACUGAGACAUCUUUGCACAUUUGCCGUGAUUGUCCUUUUACAAAACAGGUUUUACAGGGUAAUGGUGUGUUGGUUCACACUUGUUUCAGUCCACAAGCUUUGAAUUGUGACUUGCUAGGGUGGUUGAGCAUCUGUGUUCAGGCUUUAUCGUUAAAGGAUUUGGGGGAUCUUCUGUUUCUUUUGUGGAGUGUGUGGAAAGAAAGAAAUAGUAGAGUAUGGGAUGAUAAGAAAGGUCAACCUUGGGAUGUUCUGCUUAAGGCCACUACAAGAUUACAGGAUUUUCGUGUUCAUAAUACUAGGCAGACAUUGAGGGAGACUAGCAGCUCAAGAUUGGCUCGGUGGCGGGCUCCAUCAGUGGGGAUCUAUAAAAUUAAUGUGGAUGGCAGUUUUGAUCAUGUUUCACGAAAAGGUAGCGCUGGUUUUGUGGUGCGUGAUUGCAAUGGCACCAUGAUAGCAGGUGGAGGGAAACCGCUGUGUGGUUUGCUUUCAGCUGAACAUGCCGAAGCAUUGGCAUGUAAACUAGCUUUUGAUUUUGUCUUGGAUCAGGUUUUGGUACCGGCCAUAGUGGAGACUGACUCUCAGCUUGUGCAGCAGCAAUUGUGCAGGUCUGAGGGGAGUAAUUUCUCACAGCUUGGGCGGCUUUAUGAUGAUUUGGGCUCCACCUUGAGAGCUCACUCUAAUUUGAAGGUAGUUUAUACUAGAAGAGUUGCUAAUAAAGCAGCGCAUCUGAUGGCUGCAUCUGCUAGUUCGUUAUCUCGAGAAUGUUUUUAUUUUUCUCCUCCUCCCUUUCUGCUUGCUGUUAUUGCAGCUGAGCAAGACUAUAUGUAA